AUGACUAACGUUGAAAAACAAUCCGAUGAAAUUUUAGUUUUACAAUCAAUUUUUGAUAAAAAAUUUCAUUUUCUCGAUGAAAAUCAAUAUGAAAUAUCGAUUGAAUUUGAUCUUAAUAUACCAAUAACAAUUCGAUUUGAUAACCAAUCGUCUAUUAUUCAAUAUUUACCACCAUUUAAUCUUAUUAUACAGUAUCAUGAUGAAUAUCCAAGUGAAUAUCCACCUUCAUUUAUAGUAUCAUGUUUUUAUUUUUCAAAAUUGAAUCUACAAAAACUUUGUCAAAAACUUGAUAAUUAUCCAUUUAAUAAUGGAGAUGUAUGUGUUUAUGAUUGGAUUGAUUUAAUUAAACUUGAAAUAAAUAAUGAAAUGAUUUUUCAUACGGGAGCCGAAGAAGAAGAAGACGAAGAAGAAAAUGAUCCUAGAGCAUUGAAUGGAUAUUUAAUGGAAGCAGGUGAGAAACUAUUUCAAUAUUUAAUUAAUUAUAAUCAACAACGUGAAAAUGAACAAUUUCAAAAUCAAUUACAAACAUGUUUAAUUUGUACGGAUGAUAUUCGAGGUUUAGAUUGUAUUCGUCUUCAACGUUGUCGACAUUUCUAUUGUCGAUCUUGUUUAAAUAAUUAUGUUCGAAGAACUUUAGACAAUGGAAAAUUCGGUGAGAAACUCCUAUGUCCACAAGAUCAAUGUAAACAACCAUUGCUUCCAACAGAAGUUAAACAAAUUAUUCAAGAUGAACAAUUAUAUGAAAAAUACGAGCGAUUAACAUUACAACAUAGUCUUGAAUUAAUGGAUGACAUCAUUUUUUGUCCAAGAUGUCAAUAUACAGUUUUUAUUGAUGAUAGUGCUGAUAAUCUAGCUAUGUGUGAACAAUGUCGUUAUGCAUUUUGUAAAAUAUGUAAAAAUAAUUUUCAUUCUCAGACAGCAUGUCCAAAUCAGUGGAUGAUCGAACAAUUAAAAUUGUCAGAAGAAAUACAACGUAAACGAAUUAAAACACAAAAACAAGAAUCUAGAGUACUGCUUGGAGAAACAGAAGAACGAAAGAAUUCUUCAAAAUCAGACAAACAUUCAAGACUUGCAAAGAACUUAUUAUAUGAACAAACUACAUUCGAAGACAUAUUAAGCGCUGGACGAAUAGAUACACUCAAUACUCAACCUUGUCCUAGAUGUCAUAUACGAAUUGAAAAGAAUGGUGGUUGUUCACAUAUGCACUGUACACGAUGUGAUCAUCAUUUUACGUGGCAAGCGGUACCAGAUACUUCAAAUCCGAAUAAUAUUUCAUUACUAGAUAACUACAUGAACAGCGCUAUGCGAAUACCAUCUGUUAAAAAAGCAUUGAACAAAGUAACAAAUACAGCGUAUUCAUCUAAACAAGAAACAACACAAAAUAAAGAUAUUGAUUCUGGUGAAAAAGAAGAUGAUCAGAAAGUUUCAGGUAAUAAUAGAUUAGAUGCUCAUUCUGUUAUUGUCAACAGAGUAAAACAAUGUCCAUCUAAAUCGUGUAAAAAAUUCAAUAUGAAAAUGAGUGCAGACAAUUGGAUGAUAUGUAGCAGAUGUAUGAAACAAUAUUGCUUUAUAUGUGGAUCUGUUGUUCAUGGAAAAAUACAUUUUGCAAAAAAAUGCAAACGACAAACACCUAUUUGA